GCAGCGUUUAGUGAGACACUGACAGUUGUGGUGUGAGCACAAUCCUGUGUCCUCCCUCUCUAGUGAUCUUGUUCUCUCACUCGCUCGCUCGUCAUCUCCGAGAGAUUUAUCUCUUACACACACGUGUGAAUCUAGUGAUUCGUGUAAGGAAAAAUCUGUGAUAAAAAGGAGAUUACAGUAGUGAAGACUGUGAAAGUGCCAGGGUGGCACUGUGUAAGUGCUGCGUUAGUGCCAGGGUACACAGCACUUUCAACAAGUGCCUGAACCUUCACACGAAGUGCUUGUAAAUUAUCGGCGAAGUAAUGAUUAAGAUAUUAAUGACUCCUGGUAGAGACUAAGAUAAGCUAUGCAAUAUGGCUAGGCGAUCUUGCUGGUGUCAGCAGUAUACCAGCUGAUCUAGCCAGGUGGUGCGGGUGUGCGUGUGUCAACCAAGCCAGCUUGUGUGUGUACAUUUCGUGUAGAUGGUUUUGUUAAUGAUGGCCCCCGCGGCCCGGUGCCAGACUUGGCAUCUGGCAGUCUGAGUAGCAAGGCUGGAUGGACGGGAGUUAUGGAGAAUCUUAGGUUAAAAACCUUAGCAUGCUGACGGAGGUGUUAUCUCGGGUGGCGCUGCUAUCGCAGGAGGUGGCCCGCUCUUUAGGGGUGAUGUGGCCCCAUAACGAUGGUCACCCUGACGUGGGGGAGUGCGCCCCCCGCUGGACUAGUCCCACAGAUAUGGCAUCUCUGGGGAGUGUAGUGUGUGUACCUCCGUCUCCCCAUGCGAGAGGUCCUCCCCUCACUCGCCUGCUAUCCUCCCCACCAUGUAGUAUUACUGAUAGCAAAGAUUGUGAUGUGGUACGGGCUGGGUUACCAUGUUGUUAUAUGGACGACCAUGAACUGGUUGCCACGCCCGCACCCACCUCCCUCACACGCCUGCAGCUGCCACUGACAGAACCCAGGUGUGACAGUGACAAUGACAGUGGUUUAGUGAGCUGCGGUGACAGUGAUCACACUCACACACACGACAAUGGUGACACAGUGCCGCCGCCCUUCCUCCUCUGUGAUACUGAGCCGCCAGUCCUGGCCGCCCCCGCUGGUGACUCUCCCGUACCCUUCCGUCCGGAUUUCGAUCACGCUGUUUCGGUCACUAUGGGACACUUGGCGCCCAAGUACUACGCCCACACACCCGCCGCCUUCACCCACCACAACGAUAACCCCUGGUGCAGGUCUCGUAGCAGCCGCUACGAGGACCAAGGCUUCGGGGACCUCUCAAAACGUGACUUUAGCGAGACGCAUCAAGACCAGGCGGUCUUCAACGACCCCAGCCCCGUACUGAGCAACGACUCCUGCAACUACCCCAGCGUACCCUGCAAUAACAGCAGCAACACACCCGUCGUCAAGAAGCACAAAGAAAGAGGAGUAGAAGUGAGGAGUAGUGGUGAGUGUAGUGAGGAAGGGGAAGAACUGGGCCACCUCGAUAACUUCCUCUAUCCUCCUCCUCCAGACAACCCCUUCGAUGCCACCUUCAGACACACCCGCACCUCCGCUACACACAGGCGCUUCAGAGUCAAGAAGGUGAGUUCUUCUAGUGUUAAUAUUAACCGUAUACCUUAAUGGUCAGUAAUAAUC